AUGGUAGUGGAUGCUGGGAUGACAGAGGAUUUCUCAGCCUACUUUGUGGCACAUGUCAUGCCACACAUAUCUAAUCUGACAAAUCUAUUGCCAGCUUUUGACGAUGAUGAUGAGGAGGGAGAUAAGGUAGGAGAGGGAGGUGCAGGCAGUGAUAAAGGAGAUGGAGGUAAAGGUGGUGGAGGUGGUGGUGGAGAUAGAGGUAGAGGUGAUGGUGGAGAUAGAGGUAUAGGAGGUGGUGGAGAUAGAGGUAGACGGGGUGGUGGAGAUGGCAGAGGUGGAGGUGGUAGAGGAGGUCUCAUUCUUGGUGCGAGUGUGGGUGGGAUGCUAGGUGCAAUGUUAAUUUCUAUGGGAGGGAUAGAGGAUUAUAGGUGA